UAGUUUGCGAAACGGCGGUCACUUUGUCAAUGCUAAGGGAUUUGCGGCCGUGCCGCCGCCGCCGCCGCUAUCGAUUUUCAUAUAAAAAAUAGGCUGGAAUUUUCUUUUCAAGUACAAUGCGUAUCAUCACGACAAAUGGCUAUCGGAUUUUGAGAUUACCGGAUAAUAUCAGCUGUUAAUCAUGUACGUUGUCAGAUUUGGAAAGUUGGCGGUUCAAGGAAGUUAAUCGGCGUUGAUUUUUAGUUAAAAUUAAAAAUCUAAUGAGUUGGAUCAAAAAAAAAAAAAAAACAGAACGCCUAUCCUUAUUUGAUUCUAAUAAAAGACGGGGAAUCAAAAUAUCUAAUUUACAUAAUUUAAUUUCUUAAAUUUUCAGCUAAAUUUUUUGUUCUAAGAUUUUCCCUUUUUUCUCUUUUAUCUGUCUAUAUAUAUAUAUUUGUUACCGUUCCGUUUUGCAUUUUGGCAAAUAAAUUUUUAGUAAAUUGAAUAAUUUGAGAUUGGAGAGCGGAUCGACGGAAAAUUUUUGUUUGAUUUUACUUUGGAAUGGAAUCAAAUGUUGGUGAGGAACACAAUUCGUAAUCGAAUUUGAUUCGAAUUUGAAAUCCUUCUUUUUUUUUGUUUCUUUUUUGUUGAAAGAAGCGGAGGAUCAAAUUAAAAAUGUGAUCUGGUUGUACGUAAUAGGGUUUUGGAUCCCAUUAGGGGAGAAACAGCGCCAUUAGAUGGCGCUGUUCAAACGCAUUUUUUACCGGAAACCGCAGGAACGACUUCUCGAGAUUUCCGAACGUAUUUACGUAUUUGACUGUUGUUUCUCCACGGAUGUAUUGGACGAAGAUGGGUACAAGGUUUAUAUGUCUAGGAUUGUGGGACAGCUAAAUGACCACUUUCCUGAAUCUUCUUUCAUGGUGUUUAAUUUCAAGGAAGGGGAGAGGCCAAGCCAAAUAUCAGACAUUUUAUCUCAGUAUGAAAUGACUGUUAUGGAUUACCCACGGCAAUAUGAGGGAUGUCCUCUGUUACCACUUGAAAUGAUUCAUUACUUCCUUCGAUCGAGUGAAAGCUGGUUGUCAUUGCAAGGACAACAAAAUGUGCUUUUGAUGCACUGUGAAAGAGGUGGAUGGCCUAUGCUCGCUUUCAUGCUUGCCAGUCUUUUAUUAUAUAGAAAACAGUACAGUGACGAGCAGAAAACUCUUGACAUGGUCUAUAAGCAAGCUCCUAAGGCCCUUCUUCAGCUUCUGUCUCCUUUGAACCCUCAGCCAUCCCAGUUGAGGUAUCUCCAGUAUAUUUCUAGAAGAAACUUGGGUUCUAAGUGGCCUCCCUCAGAAACACCUCUAUUUAUGGAUUGCCUGAUUUUUAGAGUGCUUCCGACUUUUGAAGGGGGGAAAGGGUGCAGGCCAGUUAUACGAGUUUAUGGACAGGACCCGAAAGCACGGAAUAAUAGAAGUUCCAAGCUUCUUUUUUCAAAUGCAAAAACAAAAGCACAAAUUCCUUACUACCGAAAGGAAGAGUGUGCAUUGGUGAAAAUAGAUAUUCAUUGCCACAUUCAAGGGGAUGUAGUGCUUGAGUGCAUCCAUUUGAAUGAGGAUUUGGUACGUGAAGAAAUGCUAUUUAGAGUCAUGUUUCACACAGCGUUGGUUCAAGGAAAUAUUUUGAUGUUUUACAGCAACGAAGUUGAUAAGUUGUGGGAUGUCAAGUAUCAAUUUCCAAAGGACUUCAGACUCGAGGUACUUUUUAUGGACCCUAAUGCCGUCAUCCCUCCUACCACUGGAGUUUUCGCAACUGGAGAUGAGAAUGAGAUAGAAAGUGUUUCAAAGGAGGAAUACUUUGAGGUGCAAGAGCUCUUUAGCAAUGCAGUCGAUGCACCAGAAGCAAUGGUGGAUGAUGAGAGUCCAUUAGCUCAUGACAAGCCAGAGCAGAAAGAUAUGUUGUGGGAGGAUGCAAAUGGUCUUACAAACAAAGGUUGGGUGUCAGAUGACGGGAAACUCAAACAGGAUGUCAAUGUUGAUUCUAGUAUGGAUAUGGUGAAGGGCUUAUUUGUGGAUGAUGUGAAUUACAGUAUAGAUAAGAAGAUGGAUUAUGGCACUAAUGCAGUGAAAGAAAUAGUUGGGGAUAAUGGAGACAAUCAGGUCGAUCCAUCAGUAUUUACCGUUGACAUGCUGAAACAAAGAGAAACAAAGGGAAUGACAGAUGUGCUUGGAAAGCCAGAAGUGAUCCAAGAUAAGGGUCACAGAGAAGACACCAUUCAACUGAAGAAUUUGGAAUCUGAAGUGUUGCAGCAAACGUUGGAACCUGGGGUUUCCAAGCCUAACUUUGAGGAAGUAUUGCCUGCUUUAGAGAAAAAGGCUGGGACGGGCUCAGAAUCAACUUCAGAUCCUGUUAUGGUGAAGCCAAAUAGCAACCAAUUAGUAUCUCAAGGCUUUCUUGCAAGGCAGGCAAAGCCAAGUGUUGUAUCUCAGUUGAUCCCUUCUAACAAAGGCUCUUCAACUGCAUUGCCUACACUUUCCAGUGGUCUAGCUUUAGAGGAAUCUAAUUCAGGCGCCAAUCUAAAGGGCUCUAAUGCAGCUGUGGUUUCAAAUGAUGUUUCAUUUGAGCAAGGAAGUCGGAAGGCUGAUCACCUUACAGGGCCUUUAGAUUCCCAAACAGAAGUUUCUACAACUCCAAUAGUUCCAACAUUUCCCCCUGGUUUGCAGCAAUCGGUGUCUAUUCCAUCUAGCACUCUAUCUCCACCAUCACCCUGCACACCAACAGCACCACUUCCUCCCCCACCCCCACCCAGAUCUUCUUCGUUGGUUUCGCGGCCUGUUCAGAAAAAGGCAAAAUCUAAACUACCCCUAGCACGACCUUUCAUGGCAGCUAUUGGAAAUGCCAUUACUAGAAUAUCACGUGCAGUACCACCUCCACCUCCCCUUCCACACAAUCGAGCAAAAAAUGUACAAAAUGUUGGAAUGGUUUCACAAACGACAUCAGCAUCUCCUGAUAUCUCGAAUAACCAGACUAAUGCACUGGUGGUUCCUCCACCACCUCCACUACCUCCACCACCAUGGAAGGCCCAGUCUUCAACUGCCCGUACUAUACGGCAUAUUCCACCUUCUCUUCUAUCCGCAACUCUUGGUAGCUCUUCAAAAGGCAUAUCAAAACUUAGUCAACUUUGUUCUCUAUCUCGCUCCACAUCAACACGUCGUAAUUUUAGUCAUCCCCUUACCACCACAUCAGAACCUUGCAACUUUCGCCCUCCCCCUCCCACUACACCAAUUCAAAUUGCUAUGGCUCUAGCAUUUAUCCAUGGAAUGCAAUCAGCUUCUCCUCCCUCACGCUCUCCGUUUUCUGAAGCUUCAUCUCUACCUCUCCCACCAUCAUCGCUGCCUACUGGACAUGGCACUUCGCCACCACCACUUCCGCCUACUAAAGAUGGAGCUUCACCACCCCCUUCUUCUCCUUUGCCUCCUCAAAAUGGAGCUUUCCCACCUGCAUCACCAUCAAUGCCUCCUCUUGGAUCUUCUCCUCCACCACCACCACCACCCCCUUCGACGUUUGGUGCCCUACCUCCUUCAGAAUUUGACGUCUCUCCUCCAGUGCAUGGAAUGACAGCUCCACCUACUGCAUCAUGUGGAGCACCGCCCCCGCCUCCACCUACCCUUGGAGCUCCGACACCUCCACCUGGGGCUUCACCUUCUCCACCCCCACCUCCGCCACCACCAUUGCCUUCUCUUUCUUCUACUUCACCACCACCUCCACCACCACCCCCAAUGUCUAGUGCCCCACCUCCACCUCCUCCCCCAUUUGGAGCCCCACCCCCACCACCUCCUAUUCCUGGAGCUCCAUCACCUCCUAUGGCUGGCGCACCACCUCCACCACCACCUCCUGGAGGUCGAGCUCCGGGACCCCCACCUCCACCUGGAGCUCCUGGUGUUGGACCUCCUCCACCUCCACCAUUGGGUGGCAAAGCAGCUGACAUGAAAGGAAGAGGGCGUGGACGAGGAGCUGGUGCAGCACCAAAAAGAUCUUCUUUAAAGCCAUUACACUGGAGCAAGGUUACAAGGGCAAUACAAGGAAGCUUAUGGGAUGAAUUGCAAAGACUUGGAGAGAUUCAAAUAUCGGCAGAAAUUGAUGUGUCAGAGCUUGAGACUCUUUUCUCUGCAGUUGUUCCUAAACCUGCUGCUAAAUCUGCAGGGAAAUCCAAGGCAGCUGGAUCAAAACCUGACGUAGUCCAUCUGGUUGACUUGAAGAGGGCUAAUAACACCGAAAUUAUGCUCACUAAAGUUAAAAUGCCUCUCUCUGAUAUGAUGGCUGCGGUGCUAGCUUUGGAUGAUUCAGUAUUAGAUGCUGAUCAAGUGGAAAAUCUCAUAAAAUUUUGUCCAAAUAAAGAUGAGAUGGAACUUGUCAAGGGGUACACUGGUGACAAGGAGACCCUAGGGAAGUGCGAACAGUUCUUUCUGGAGCUGAUGAAAGUGCCACGAGUAGAGGCAAAAUUAAGAGUGUUUUCUUUCAAAAUUCAGUUCAACACUCAGAUUUCUGAAUUUAAAAAGAGCUUAAACAUUGUAAAUUCUGCAUGUGAAGAGGUUCGAAAUUCCCUUAAAUUGAAGGAGAUCAUGAAGAAAAUCCUUUGUCUGGGAAAUACAUUGAAUCAAGGAACUGCAAGGGGUUCUGCUGUUGGAUUUAAGUUGGACAGUCUUCUAAAGCUCUCAGAGACACGUGCUUCUAAUAGCAGGAUGACACUAAUGCAUUACCUUUGCAAGGUCCUAGCUACCAGGGCACCAGAACUUCUUGAAUUUCACUUGGACUUGGUCAGCCUUGAGGCUGCAUCUAAGGUACAAUUAAAAUAUUUAGCAGAAGAAAUGCAAGCUAUAAUUAAGGGAUUAGAAAAGGUUAAGCAGGAGCUGGCUGCCUCAGAAGAUGAUGGUCCUGUGUCUGAAGGUUUCCGGAAGACAUUAAAGGAUUUCACUACUGUGGCUGAAACAGAGGCAGGAUCCCUGCAAAAUCUAUACACUGUGGUGGGUAGAAAUGCAGAUGCACUUGCACUCUAUUUUGGUGAGGAUCCUGCCCGAUGCCCGUUUGAGCAAGUUACCGUAACAAUCUUAAAAUUUGUGAAAUUGUUUCAAAAAGCAUUGGAAGAGAAUGUGAAGCAGGAUGAAUUGGAGAAGAAAAAAGCUUUGAAGGAUGCUGAAAUGGAGAAGGCUGCUAAGUGAAUCAAUCCUUGUAAAGAAGAUUUCAAAAUAUCUGGGGAUCAAUUUCUCUAUUCCCACAAGGAAAAUGCUGCUUUUGGGAACUCAAAUUGAGUUUCAAGCCUCAAAUUUUGACUGGAUGGCUGGAUAUGUCUCCAAUUCUCUGGUGUUGGUGCAAUUUUAUCCCUUCAGAGAUGUCAUAUACGAGGCAAGGGCCAUGUCCUGGUGGCUUUGCCGGACUUGAACUCUGCACAUAAGGCUUCAGGAAACAAUUUUUAUGGGAAGUGUUCGACCCCAUUACUCGUUAACCACAAUAACAUUGCAAUGCGACAUCUCUGAUCACUGAGUUACAAUCAGAACAAAGUAAUUAGAGGUUCUCUAAAUGCAAGUUAUCAAGGUCAGUAUAGCCAAUCUAACACUUCUCACUAUGAUAAGAGCGGUUUUAUUUUCAAUGUCCGCCUUUCAUUUAGCAUGUUCCUUUUUUUUUUAGUUCGGCUCUCCUCCAUUAAUGUUCAUUAAUGAAUAGGAUCUCAACCCAUUUUUUUCGGCAUGCGAGGGCCGAGUCCAUGCCAUGUGGGAUUGUAUUUCGUAUCAUGUACAAAAGUUCUAACCAUCCACCUACAAUAGAAUUCAGUUCCUUGUAAUACAAUCUUUUCUUCCUUUUUCAUUCAUGAAAAUUGAGUCCCCCCUUUUAGACAUUAGCCCAUCGAAUAGGAGGUUGUAUAUGUUAUUAGGGUUUAGAGAUAAAGAAAUUAGAAGAUGGGCUUUUUUUUUUCUUAGCCUAAUUGUAAGAUAGCUCUUUGGUUCUUUAUUUCAAUUUCUUUCAUUCAUUCAUUUGAUUUGAUUCCUUAAUUAACAAGUAAUUCAUGAAAUUCUUUGUUCCUUCUAUCCUUUUUCUCACUUUUUCAUUCAAGAAUGAUAAAAUUCGAUCCGUUAUACAAACUUUGCACCAUUUGUUUCGAAUGGAAUAUGUAUGUAUGUAUGUAUGUAUGUAUGUAUGUAUGCAGUGGAGGUGGCAGGUUUGACAAAUGCUUGUUUCAUCUCUAUUUUCUAAAAUGAUUUUACCUAGUAUAGUAUUUUAUUUUUAUAGUAUAUAUUAGCAUUUUGGGUUUAUCAUAAUGGUCCUUUUGUGAUUGUUAGAUGUAUUUUGAAAAGCAUGGAAUUGUCUUCAAUUUUUCUGUGACUAAAUGGAGUUGAUAACUUGUAAGAAUUAUUA